GCCACGGCAGGAAAACUUUCUGUCCCAUCUGUCCCCCGGUGCUGGACUUCUGCAAAGAUGACUUGGAGACAGAUCUUGCUCCUGUCCUGCCUGUCAGCUGUGGUGCUUCUGACUGGGCUCCAGAAGGGGACCGGUGCCUCGGUGGGCACCAGGCAGGUGGCAGGAGAGGAGGCCCAGAACGGUAUGAAACAGAUUUUCAUGCAGGAAUCCGAUGCCUCGAAUUUCCUCAAGAAGCGUGGCAAGCGGUCCCCCAAAUCCCAAGUUGAGGUCAACGUGGAAAAUAGGCAGAAGCUGCGGGCUGAUGAGCUACGGAGGGAAUAUUUCGAGGAGCAAAGGAAUGAAUUUGAGAACUUUGUGGAGGAACAGAACGAUGAACAAGAGGAGAGGAACCGGGAGGCUGUGGAGCAGUGGCGCCAGUGGCAUUAUGAUGGCCUGUACCCAUCCUAUCUCUACAACCGCCACCACAUCUGACCCUGUCCCAAUGCCAGCCUAGAAGACAGAUUAACACAUGCCCACCCACCCCGGUGUCCUACAAACUUUCUUACAUGCAGAUUGGCCUUUCAGAGGGGCUCAGAUUAGUGUCUGCCAUGGCCAACAUCCCUUGUGAAGACACACACCUUUCGUCUGACUCCCUGGCAUUUGCUGCUACGCAGGGGAUUUCUGAGGUGACAACUGUCUGCUCCAAACCAAUAGUUCCCACAGCAAGGCUCCUUCCUGUCUGAUAGAACAACUCAAACAAUCCAGUAAAUAGAAAAAAAUCACAUUUGUCUGUAGUUUACAAAUAAAAAUGCUGAGUCA